AUGUCUCUGACAUCCUUUGAUCAACCUGCUGGAAACAGCUACAGCUUCGACGACUGGAUCAACUCCGAUUGCCUGGACUACCCCACCAGCACUGUCGAACUGCCAGGCGGUCCGUCGUCCACAUCGUCCGUCAACACGCCACCCCUGCUGGCCCGCAAUCAUACCAUGGUCACGCCAGACUACAGCGAUAGCGCCCGCCGCCCGCUGUCAAAAGAGCCGCACCAGUCCUCUCAAGUCCAGCCGUGGCAGACCAAUCUCGCCGCCAAUCCCUUCGCCUCGCCUCCCACUCUGCCCGCCAUCCAGGACGACUUCCAGUUCCAGGACCAGCCCUCGCUGAACUCCAGCGAAAGCCAGUACCAGCCCAACGCCUUCAACUUUGACAUGGCCGUGUCGCCCACGCCGUCUCUGUCUGGCCCCGAAUCUCCCUUCUCCCACCACGAAAUGGACACCACCUCCGGCACCGCCACAGCCGCCUCAUCCCCGCGCCGAUCCUCGCUCAAGCGCUCCGCGCCCUCCUCUCCCGUCAUGGACACCAUCCCCCCUGCUUCCAAGCGCAUGCUCCGGAACCGCCCGCACGGCCUCCAGGGCCAGAAGCACAUGGACGCUUCCUCCACUUCUCCUUCAGCCUCAUCUCGUAUCAGCAAGACCCGCCAGCCCCACAACCAGGUCGAGAAGAAGUACCGUGAGGGUCUCAACAAUGAGCUCGAGCGCCUCCGCCGCGCCGUCCGCACCCUCCCUCAGCCCCGUACUCGCUCCUGCUCCACCUCUGAGGAGGAUGACGACUCCUACGGCGGCUACAGUGCUGCCGUCCCCAAGCCUAGCAAGGCUGCCGUGCUCGCUGGCGCCGUCGAGUACAUCAAGUACCUCGAGGCCGAGCACGAGAGGCUCGCCAACGAGAACGAGCAGCUGAGGGAGCUCGAAGGCCUGCGAAGGCGACGAGAGGAGGGCUGGGCCUGGACCAGGCGGGGCCACAUGGGCUUCGUGAACUGA